AUGCCUUCUCUUCGUCUCGGAAACAUCGCCCCCGACUUUGAGGCGCAGACCACUGCUGGUCCCAUCAAGUUCCACGACUGGAUUGGCGACUCUUGGGCCAUCUUGUUCUCUCAUCCCGGAGACUUCACCCCCGUUUGCACCACUGAGCUUGGUGAGGUUGCUCGCCGCUCGGAAGACUUCAAGAAGCGCAAUGUCAAGGUCAUUGGUAUUUCUGCCAACGGUCUCGAUGAACACGAGAAGUGGGUGAAGGACAUCAACUCGUAUGGAGCCAACGUUGGACCCACAGACGUCCAAUUCCCCAUCAUUGCCGAUCCCGACCGUAAAAUCUCGACCCUCUAUGACAUGUUGGACGAACAAGACGCGACCAACCGUGAUGCCAAGGGUCUUCCUUUCACCAUCCGCACGGUAUUCGUGAUUGACCCUAAAAAGACGAUCCGCCUUACCCUUGCAUACCCUGCUUCUACGGGACGCAACUUCGAUGAAAUCAUCCGUGUUGUUGACUCUCUUCAAAUUGGAGACAAGCAUCGCGUAACUACUCCAGUCAACUGGAAGAAGGGAGACGAUGUGAUUGUCCACCCAUCUGUCACUAACGACGAGGCCAAGACCCUCUUCCCCGAAUUCAGCCAACACCUUCCGUAUUUGAGAACCACCCCUCUGAAGGUUGACUGA